GACCGUCCGAGGGGGCUUCUCCAGCGCCGCCGCCCGGGCCGGGCAAGCGGUGGCUCAGUUCCAGUUCCAUGAAUCCACAAUGUAGCCACGGCUAUUGGAAAGGAAGCCAGGCUUCAUCUGUUUCAAGCUCAAGAAUGGCAGAAGCUGCAAGAAAGCCCCCCGGGUUACAGCUGUACAGAAAAACUGUCCAAGGCUCCAUUGAUAAUGAACAUGAACAGCACAGAACAAAAUCUGACGGUGUCCCAGAUUCCCUAUCCAGACACGUGGUACGUGUUUUAUGUCGACAAGUUUACCUGUGCGGAGAAUUAUGAGUACUCUGAUUCGGAGGAUGUUCAGCUUGAAAUAGUAAUACUAAACCCAGAUGCAGAAGGGAAUCCGUUAGAUCACUUUAGUGCAGGGGAAUCCGGCCUGCACGAGUUCUUCUUCCUGCUGGUCCUGGCAUACUUUGUCGCCGCAUGCAUCUAUGCGCAGUCGCUGUGGCAAACGAUAAACAAAAAGGGCCCGAUGCAUACGGUGCUGAAGGUCCUCUCCACCGUGUUGCUGUUGCAGGCUGCAUCAGCUUUUGCCAACUACUUGCAUUUUUCGCGUUAUGCUAAAAAUGGAGUCGGAGCACCUUUCAUGGGAAGCCUAGCAGAGCUGUGCGACAUAAUCUCUCAGAUGCAGAUGUUGUACCUGCUCCUGAGUUUGUGCAUGGGAUGGACCAUCGGCAGAAUGAAGAAAUCUCAGAGCAAGCCUCUCCAGUGGGAUUCCACUCCGACGUCCACCGCCAUCGCUGCAGUAGUGGUUGCUGCCCAGUGUUUUUUGUUAAUCUGGGAGCAGUUUGAAGACACUAAUCACCAUAGCUAUCACUCACACCAGAGCGUAGCAGGCGGACUUCUCAUUGGCUUGAGAAUUUGCCUGGCUUUGUCACUAGGCUGCGGACUUUACCAGAUCAUCCGAACGGAGAGAAGCACGCUUAAAAGGGAGUUCUAUAUCACCUUUACAAAGGGCUGUGUUCUGUGGUUCUUGUGCCAUCCAUGUCUGGUAUCCAUAUCUCUAAUGUUUAGAGACUACCAGAGAGAGAAGAUUAUUACCAUUGGCGUUAUCCUCUGCCAGUUGUUCUCCAUGGUCCUCCUGUACCGGCUUUUUGUUUCCCACAGUCUGUAUUGGGAAGUGUCCUCGCUCUCAUCAGUGACCUUGCCACUCACCGUAGCAUCUGGACAUAAAAGUCGGCACCACUUCUGAAAUGCUUCGGGAAAACUUAAUGGCAAAGGUGCAAUAAAGAC